AUGGCCGAGGUCCAAGCCCGCCUGCAGUCCCUGUCUGAGGACUACCAGAAGCUGCAGCAAGAGCUGCAAGACACGGUUGCCUCGCGGCAGAAGCUGGAGGGCCAGAAGCAGGAGAAUGUCGGCGUGCAAAAGGAGUUUGACAACCUGGGCGACGACGAGACCAUCUACAAGCUGGUCGGGCCUGUGCUGCUGAAGCAGGACAAGAUUGAGGCCGAGAGCACCGUCAAGGGCCGGCUCGACUUUAUCAGCGGCGAAAUCGCGCGGCUGGAGGGCAGCAUCAAGGAGACGCAGGACAAGAUGGAGAAGAAGAAGACGGAGAUUAUCCAGGUGCAGUCACAGGCACAGCCGCAGGGCAAGCAGUGA